AUGGUAGAUGGAUUUAAUUCCUCGAACAUUAGGAAGAGGGCUAGAACUCUCUCUAACCCAAAUGACUUUCAAGAGCCGAACUACUUGCUGGACCCUGGUAAUCAUCCCUCAGAGCAUUUUCGAACUCGAAUGUCCAAAUUUCGGUUUACUAUUAGGGAGAAACUAUUAGUAUUUACCAACAACCAGUCAUUCACGUUAUGCCGCUGGCAAAAAAGGUACCGGUCUACAUUCAAUGAUCUUUACUUUACUUAUACAUCCUUAAUGGGAUCGCACACCUUCUAUGUCCUGUGUUUGCCUAUGCCUGUGUGGUUUGGAUACUUCGAAACUACAAAAGAUUUGGUUUAUAUCUUGGGGUAUUCUAUCUAUUUGAGUGGUUUUUUUAAAGACUACUGGUGUUUGCCCAGACCUAGAGCACCACCAUUACAUCGGAUUACUUUAAGCGAAUAUACAACAAAGGAGUACGGUGCUCCAAGUUCGCAUACAGCAAAUGCCACAGGGGUGAGUCUCUUGUUUCUGUACAAUAUCUGGAGGAUGCAAGAAUCCUCUGUCGUGCUUCAACUGAUGCUGUCAUGCGUGGUUGUAUUCUAUUACAUAACUUUGGUUUUUGGUAGAAUAUACUGUGGGAUGCAUGGAUUAUUAGAUUUAGCAAGCGGUGGGCUUAUUGGAAUAGUUUGUUUCAUUGUCAGAAUGCACUUCAAGUACAAGUUCUCGAACCUGUAUAUCGAAGAGUAUUGGUGGUUUCCUCUGUUUAGUGUAGGAUGGGGUCUUCUCCUUUUAUUUGAGCAUGUCAAACCUAUAGACGAAUGUCCCUGCUUUCAAGACAGUGUUGCGUUCAUGGGUGUUGUAUCGGGUAUUGAAUGCUGCGAUUGGCUAGGCAAAGUGUUUGGCAUUACGCUAGUGUACAAUUUGGAGCCUAACUGUGGCUGGCGGCUGACCCUGGCCAGACUACUGGUGGGCGUACCGUGCGUCGUUGUCUGGAAGUACGUCAUCAGUAAGCCAUUGGUCUACACGUUGCUCAUCAAGGUCUUACAUCUUAAAGACGAUAGAAACGUUGCAGCAAGAAAAAGGCUGGAAGCCACUGAGAAAAAAGGUGGUGGCAAGUAUGAAUGCCCACUGUAUAUCGGAGAGCCCAAGAUCGAUAUCCUGGGCAGAUUUAUUAUCUACGCCGGUGUCCCAUUCACCGUAGUAAUCUGUAGCCCCGUACUUUUUUCCCUCUUACAUAUAGCAUGA